AUGGAGCCGCCACAAGACUUCAAGUCCCUGCAAGAGGAUGUUCAAAAGUCCCUCGUCUCCACCAUAAAGACGGUCAAUCGCCUUGCCGCCGAGGACCUCUCCUUCCAGCGAACGGCCAAUCCUGACGUCGCCGAUGAUCUCGAUGACAAGGUUUCUCGUCUUCUCCAGCUCUCCACAAGCCUCAUCCAGUCGGCCGCCAAGGCAUGCGGUGUCAGGCCUCCCGCCAUCGAAGAUGUCGACGACAUUGACAUGAAGUGGCAGUCGGUUGUGGACGUCGUCGACUCUGUGUUGGAAAAAGCAGACACCGCCCUGGACGAGUACACCGGACUAGUGAAGCGAAAGGAGCCCAGCAGCGCCGAGUCGGUGAGUGGCCGAGAGUUCCGUCUGUCCGUUGAGGGGCUGCGUCCGAAUUUAACCGUUGCUGCUCUCCAGGCGCCGAAUCCGAAAAGGACCAAGUCGGUCAGCAAGGUGAUUCGGAACGCCAACGUCACCAAGCCGCAGGCCGUCUUCGAGGUCAAGUCCGACAACUUUCCGACCGGCCCGUGGAAGCCGAUCUUGACAGAAAAGCCUUGCGCGACGAUACCACUGGACGAAAGUCUUGUCAUGGUCGCAGGCGAGAACGGCGCUCUUCAGUAUGCCUCCUCUGCCCUCCCUUCCCCCCGCCGCUGUCUCGUAGGAGCAACGCCGCUUACGAGUGUUCAUCUGCACAGAUACAAGCAUCCGUACGAGACAGAAAUUUCCGCCAUGUCCUAUCCUGAUCGAGUUUUCCAUGCGGCCCAGCCUACGCCCCCUCAGCCUGACGAGAAGACGUCGGCCACUUGGGUCGACACCUACGAAGGUGUCUUGGACAUGCUCAAGGAACUCAAGAAGGCCAAGGAGAUCGCCGUCGACCUGGAGCACCACGACUUCAGAACCUACAACGGCUUGGUGUGCUUGAUGCAGAUCAGUACGCGCGAAAAGGACUGGAUCGUCGACACGCUGCGCCCCUGGCGCCACAAGCUCGAGAUCCUCAACCAAGUCUUUGCAGAUCCGAGCAUCGUUUUCCACGGUGCCUACAUGGACAUGCUCUGGCUGCAGCGCGACCUCGGCCUCUACGUCAACGGCCUCUUUGAUACCUUUUUCGCCUGUGAUCUGCUCGCCUACCCUGGCAAGAGUCUCGCCUUCUUGCUCUCCAAGUUUGUCAAUUUCGAUGCCGACAAGCAGUAUCAACUGGCCGAUUGGAGAAUACGGCCGAUCCCGCAAGAGAUGCUGUAUUACGCACGAUCAGACACUCACUUCCUCCUCUAUAUCUAUGACCAUCUGCGCAACGAGCUCGUUGCUGUUUCUGACCGAUCCAAUCCGGAGACGGACUACAUCACUCGAGCGUUGGAUAGAUCCAAGGAGUUGGCCCUCUCUCGGCACGAGCACCCCGAGUACGAUGAGAGCACCGGUCAAGGCGCCCGCGGAUGGUACAACUAUCUGCUAAAGCAAGCCUACCUCGGCUUCGAUGGUGAGCAGUUCGCCGUCUUUAGGGCCCUGUGGAAGUGGCGAGACGAACUGGCACGGCAGGAGGACGAGAGCCCCAACUUUGUGCUCCCGUCCAACAACAUAAUUAGCAUUGUCCGGGUAAACCCGCCGGAUAUCAAGGCCCUCCACAGCAUGCUUCCCUUGACCGCGCCGUUGGCACGCUCCCGCUUCAACGAGAUAUGGGACCUCGUGCGGGAAGCUAAAUCUCGCGCCGGGCCUACGGCACUGCAGUUCUUUACAUCCGCCGCCGCGCCGUCUGCCGAAACGGUCAAGCCCAUCAAGCUCACCCAAAUUCCGGAGCUUGGCGAGGAGGUCGUUAUCCCCAUCAUGUCGCGGUCGCAACUCUUUGGUGACAUGCCCCUCAGCACCAUGUGGGAAGCCGAACAGGCAGUGGAGACGCGGGUAGACAAUAUCCCCUUUCCCUGGCAACGAUUCACACAAGAUGCCAUGACGAUGAAAGCGGGCGGACAACAUGUCGACGUCGACCCGGUUGUAGCCGCCAAAGUGGUCAAGGCGCCGCCUCUGGCAGCAGGCAACAGUGCGAUAAACGAGGACGACGAAGAGUUCACGUUGAAGAGGGGCAGGAAACGAAAGUCGGAGGACGUGGAGGAGACGAUUUCGGAAUCCGACACGAGCUCUUGCUCCGACACGAGUAGCGAGAGCGAGAGCGAAGAGGACGAAGGUCUCGAAGCGACGGAAGAUGGGAACGGAUCCAAGAACGCUACAUCGGAUCCUAAGCAACAGCGACGGCGUGAGCGGGAGGCGAAGAAAGCCCUCGUCAAGGAUGCUCAGAUGGCGAUGCACAAGGAGAAGCAGCUCAAGAAGCGGAAGAAGAUGGAGGAGCGCCAGCAGCAGCAGCAGCAGCAGCAGCAGGACGAGGAGGACGAGGAGGCGCCGUUUGAUUACAGCAAGGCCAGUUCGGUGAUGCACGCGAGGAAAGACGUCAGCCGUCCCGCCAAAGUGCAGAAACCGUUUGACCCGUACGCAAAAAUUGGCGACAAUCCGAUGAAGGGUGCACGAAAAGCGCCACCAGUCAAGGGCGAGAGGAGCUCGACCUUCCGAAAGUAG